AUGAACUCCGCGCUACGACCCACACACUUCGUCGCGGGUUCUUUGUCCGGACCAGGACAGGUCACUGUUCCUCCAUUCAUCUGGUCUUGGACAGAGAAGAAACAGAAACAGAAAAACCCCUCUGUCAUCGACGAAGAAGACCCCCACAGCCACAUUAUAUCUGUCUUUCAUAUCGGGACGCAACUCUGUGGUCAUCCCGGGUUCGUGCACGGGGGUCUUCUGACCGUGAUGCUCGACGAGGCGUUUGCGCGCUGCGUCUCGGCUUGUUUCCCCAGUGGAUUGGGCAUGACCGCCAAUUUGACGGUGGAUUUUCGGAAGCCCGCCCUGCCGGAUCGAUUGUAUGUCUUGCGUGCGGAUACGGGGUCAGUCGAGGGGAGGAAGGCCAGGGUGAAGGGGUCAUUGUGUUCAUUGCCCUGGCCAGGAGAGGAAGGAGAGCAGGUGUUGGUGGCUGAGGCGAAGGCGUUGUUCGUGGAGCCGAAGUUUGCAGAGUCCAUGGUGCCUCUGUAUCGGAGCUAA